UUCUCCAUCACCAUCGUCAAACGAAAUCCGCUGUCACCCCUUUUCUUCUCUGAAACCCUCGUUAGACACCUUUACCUGAACCUGAAUCCACCGUUUUUCUACGCCAAAUCACCACCAUCUUUCUCAAUGGCAGUGUCGCGCCGGAGAUGAUGAAGGUAUCCUCUAAGAAGCCUCAGCAUCCGGCGCCAUUCCCGCCGGCACGCAACCAACUUCCGGAUUUGGAUCUUCAGUGCCGGCCGCCUUCCAGUCGAGCCACGCGGAGAACAAUCCGAAGUCCAGCCCGUGUAAGAAGACUUUCAGCUCCGGUUGGGAAGCGGAGCCGCCCUGAGACGCCCUUGCUUAAGUGGAAGAUCGAGGAACCUGAGAAUGAAGAUUAUGAAGUUCAGGAGGAGGAUGAGAAGAAGUUGCCUCUGGAAACCAGCCAGAGAGGUCGCUGUAGAGGAACUAAAGGAAGGAAAGUCGUCGUUUCGGCCAGGAAGCUCGCGGCUGGAAUCUGGAGAUUGCAGCUGCAGGAGGCGGUCGCUAGUGAAGGGAGGAACGGCGGCCUGCGGAGGAGGGAGGAUCUCCUAGGGUUUCAGCCUCGCAUUGGUCACAUCGGUGCUCCAGCUCUUCAUCCUGAGGUUAAGAUAGCAUUUAAUUCUGAAAUGAAUGAUCUAUUACAUAGUCCGCGUUCUGUCUCUGAUUCAAGAAAUGGACCAUUGUGCAAGUUUGAGCCCUCAUUACGAUAUUCAAACACAGCAAUGGAAGGGGCAACAAAGUGGGAACCUGCAUGCUUGAAAACACCAGUUGAGGCUCGUCAGAUUUACAGCCAAAUGAGGCUUCUUGAUCAACAAGGUGCUGCUUCAGGCCUAUCAGCGCUUGAAGCUGAACUAGAGCAGGCCCACUUGCAGAUCGAGGAACUUCAAGCGGAGCGUAAUGCUUCAAAAAAGAAGCUUGAAUACUUCUUGAGGAAAGUCAGUGAAGAAAAAGCUUUAUGGCGGAGCAGAGAGCAUGAGAAAGUAAGAGCAUUUAUUGAUGAUAUGAAGGCUGAGUUGAACAGAGAGAAGAAAACCCGGCAAAGAGUGGAAAUGAUUAAUUCAAAAUUGGUUAAUGAGUUGUCCGAUGCUAAGCUAUUUGCGAAGCGGUUUAUGCAAGACUAUGAAAAAGAAAGGAAGGAAAGAUCAUUGGUAGAGGAAGUAUGUGAUGAACUCGCAAAGGAAAUUGGCGAUGACAAAGCAAGAAUAGAAGCUUUGAAGAGAGACUCCAUGAAAUUUAGAGAGGAAGUUGACGAAGAACGGAGAAUGUUACAGAUGGCUGAGGUCUGGCGGGAGGAACGUGUUCAAAUGAAGCUGGUCGAUGCCAAGGUGGCACUUGAAGAGAAAUACUCACAGAUGCGUAAUCUAGUAGCAGACCUUGAAGACUUCUUAAGGUCGAAAAGUGCAACCCCAGAUGUAUCAGAGAUGAAAAAGGCUUUGCUACUUAGGGAGGCUGCUGCUUCUGUGAAUAUUCAAGACGUCACAGAAUUUGUUUAUGAACCUUCAAACCCAGAUGACAUCUUCUCUGUGUUUGAAGAUGUUAAUUUUGGAGAAUCAAAUAAGAGAGAAACUGGACAGUGCAUUGCUUACAGCCCAUCUAGUAAUGCUUCUAAAGUCCAGACUGCAAGUCUUGAAGCUAAUGUGACUGAUAGGAUUGGCAUCCAGAAACAUACGAAUUUAUUUAUUGAUCAUAACGGCGGUAUAGAAGAAGAUGAGAGUGGGUGGGAAACUGCGAGUCAUCUGGAGGAUCAGGGCUCAAGCAAUUCCCUGGAAGAAAGUAUUGAAUCUGUCAAAAAGAAUCAUCGAGAGAGUAAUGCUUCAGUGAGCGGGAAUGAAUGGGAAGGAAACGGAGGUGGAUACUCGCCCGUUUCCGAUAUCAGUGAAGUCUGCUCGGUUCCAUCAAAGCAAUUAAAAAAGAUAUCAUCCAUCGCACGGCUUUGGAAAUCAUGCUCAAACAAUGAAGGGUACAAACUAAUCUCACUUGAAGGCAUUAAUGGCAGGCUUUCAAAUGGUAGAUUAUCAAGUGCAAGUAUCUUAUCUGCAGAUGGGGGCUCAAUGAGAAGCGGGAUUAGUCCUCCAGAAUUAGCAGGACAGUGGAGCUCUCCCGACUCGAGCAAUGUUCACGGGACGCAAGGGAAGAAAGGAUGCAUCCCUCGCAACACAAUCAAAGGUAGUUUAAAGGCAAAGCUCCUGGAGGCAAGAAUGGAAAGCCACAAGGUCCAGUUGCGCCAGGUCCUGAGGCAGAAGAUCUAGAUGGUUGUAUUCAGUGCUUGCUUCCAAAAGUGAUUCGAUUUGUGUUCAUUGAAGACUCUCACGUUCUUCAAGGAAGCUUAGAACUGGCUUCGAUGCACCAUUUAUCAGGCUUGGCUCCUAGCGAUUCCCCAGGAUUCUUACGGGAAGGCAAAACAAUGAUAAGUCAACCAAACGAUUCAUUUCUCUGUUAUUGUUAACAUCAAUGCAAGCCAUUCAGAUGUAAACGCAUUCUUAGUAUCUAUAAUGAUUGGUGACCAAGAUGAUUGGUUUGUUCAUUCUCGUCAUUGUAAUUUAUAAUUUUGCAAUGUAAAAUGCCCCCUUCUGAAUUCUUCUCUAGUUAAGAUAGUGGAAAGAGUAGAAUGACUUGUAGUUGCAGGGUAAGGCCACAGGUGUAAUGUUAAUUUCCAAAUAAGGAGAUGAGUCUUUUACA